AUGGAGGAAGUUGCGAUUUUUCGAUCUGCGAAGCGUAGGAAGACCAAGGCGCCUCGUCAUCAAGAGUCGCCAACGCGCGAUACCGAUCGAGUUUCUCCGACCGACGGGCCGGGAGGACCAACAGUUGAAGAUGUCACCGUCGAGAGCGCCGAAGCUGAUGAAGACGAUGUGUCGACCUUGGUACGCGCGCGGAAGAGCUAUCGAAGUCGUGCUGCCGGAGUGCAAUUCUCGACUGCGGCGGCUUCUUCGGAUCAUGACAUGAAGCAGAUUGACACAAGUAUGGUUCGAAGCGACCAUGUUCCUGAAAAGCGAAUAGAUAUCUCGGAUCGAUUUACCACCGCUACCGGUCAGGUCGUUAACGACGAUCGUAACAUGAUCGCGUACAUAGAUUCAGAACUGGCCAAACGACGCAAUCUCGCUGGACCAAGCUUCAACGGCCCACAGCCACAGCCUCAUGAGGAUACAAGGCCAACCUCGGUAACGACGUCAGGUAUAUCGGCUACCACGAAUACGAUACCUCUCACCGGUCGGCCUUCUGCACGUCAACUUGCAGAAGUCGACCUCGGAUCAUCUGCUCAUGAUAGAAAUCUCGCGCGCACGCAAGCGGCACUGGAAAGGGCCAAGCUGGGCCUCCCUCCUGUCGAAGACGAACCGAAGCCACCAAAACCACGCAAGCCGCGACUCGGCCGUGACGGCAAGCCAUAUAGGCCGCGGCCGCGCAAGCGGCGGAAUAGCGAGGACCUCGCUCGUGACGCACUUGUUGAGCAGUUGAUGCGGGAGAACAAAUUGGACCUUUAUGAUGCGACUGAAUUGCUGCGGCAAAGGGAACGGGAGGCCGCUGCAGAGAACGGGGACGAACACUCGGGCGAGAGUGAUGCGGAUGAACGAAUGGCAGAACAGUUCCGACAGGACUUUAUGGAUGCAAUGCACGAGCGGAGACAGAGGGCCAGGGCGACAACACAAGCCAAAGCCAAAGCCAAGGCCAAAGGGUCUGGUGCGACGGAGUCCAGAGGACCGAAGCUGGGAGGUAGUAGAAGUGCGAGGGCGAAAAUGGCUCAACUGCAGCAACAGUCACAAACGUCUGGGAAAAAAUGA